AUGUCUACCUCGCACGAUACUACCGUGUCAAUGUUCGCUGAUGACACAAAAUGCCACCGUCAUCUUCGAAAUUUCCAAGACACCAUAAUUCUGCAGCAAGAUCUGGAUAGUGUUGCCAACUGGUGUAGUGACUGGAAGAUGGACUUAAACCAAACCAAGUGUGUAGCCAUGCAUUUCUCAAGAAUUGCUCAACCGAUGAUCACACAGUACACAAUAUCAGACACUCCAGUCCUACAAUCAUCCAGUCAGAAAGAUCUAGGCAUAACUACCACUAACGACCUUAAAUGGAACAAACAGGUGCAAGAGAUAUCGACCAAAGCAAAUAAAAUGUUAGGUUUCGUAAAGCGAACGGCGUUCGACAUUCGCCAGCGUAGAGUUCGUAAGGUACUUUAUUUGACUAUGGUUCGUAGUCAGCUGGCUUAUGGUAGUCAG